AGGAGACGGGACAACCUCCGCUCUCCUGAUCCUGCCGCAGGCUGCGCAGGGCGGGUUGGGCCUUCCGUGGGACGGAGACGAGGAUGGGGGGCGGCGGGAUGUAUCACCCAAAUACCAGCGGGUGAGUCGGCGGCCGAACCAGCCAGGCAGGUCCGGUGGAGUAUAAGAGCGGGAGGGAGUGGCGGGCGGCAGACGCCUGGAGACCGUCUCAGACGGCGGAGCCGGAACCUAGCGCAGUCCCCAGCCCUCACCAGCCUGCGCCCCGUCCGCGCUCCUCCGCCCCACCAUGGCCCGGGGUCCGGGCCUCGCGCUGCCGUGGCCGUCGCUGCUGCCGCCGCUCCUGCUGCUGGCGGCGCUGAUCGGCCACGCGGCCGCGCAGGACAACUGCACGUGCCCCACCAACAAGAUGACCGUGUGCAACCGGAGCGGCCCGGACGGCCGCUGCCAGUGCCGCGUGCUCGGCUCGGGCCUGGAGGUCGACUGCUCCACGCUCACGUCCAAGUGCCUGCUGUUCAAAGCGCGCAUGAGCGCCCAGAAGAGCGGCCGCGCGCUGGUGCAGCCGAGCGAGCACGCGCUCGUGGACAACGACGGCCUGUACGACCCGGACUGCGACCAGCAGGGCCGCUUCAAGGCGCGCCAGUGCAACCAGACGUCUGUGUGCUGGUGCGUGAACUCGGUGGGCGUGCGCCGCACGGACAAGGGCGACCUGAGCCUGCGCUGCGACGAGCUGGUGCGCACCCACCACAUCCUCAUCGACCUGCGCCGCCGCCCGGCCGUCCGCGCCUUCAACCACUCAGACCUGGAUGCCGAGGUGCGGCGGCUUUUCUGGGAGCGUUACCUGCUGCACCCCAAGUUCGUGGCGGCCGUGCACUACGAGCACCCCACCAUCCAGAUCGAGCUUCAGCAGAACGCGUCGCAGAAGGUCGCCGGCGAUGUGGACAUCGCCGACGCCGCCUACUACUUCGAGAGAGACAUCAAGGGCGAGUCGCUGUUCCCGGGCCACAGCGGCCUCGACGUGCGCGUGCGCGGAGAGCCCCUGCUGCUGGAGCGGACACUCAUCUACUACCUGGAUGAGAAGUCCCCGCAGUUCUCCAUGAAGCGCCUCACCAGCGGCCUCAUCGCCGUCAUCGUGGUGGUCCUGGUGUCCCUGGUCGCCGGCGUGGCCGUCCUGGUAAUCACCAACCGGAGGAGGUUGGGGAAGUACAAGAAGGUGGAGAUCAAGGAACUGGGGGAGAUGAGAAAGGAACCGAGCUUGUAGGUACCGAUGGGGCUGGGGUGGGGUGGGGUAGGGUAUCGAAUUUCAGCAAGGUCCCAGACCCAAGUGAGUCACGCUUCUUGAUUCUUGGCCCCAAGGAGGCCUUUCUCCCCCCAGAUUCCUGCCUCCCCCCACCGCCACCAAAUUUAAUAGAUCCUGUUCUCUGGGUCACCUCUUUCUGACUUCUGUCCUGAAGGAAGCAUUUCUAAAAUUCCUCCCCUUUCUGUCCAACCAGAAACCUGA